AUGGCCUGUAGUGUUAAAGUAAUUAACGAUGAAAUUACAACAACAAUUGCUGCAAUUGAAGAGUCUCCUCCUCAUUUGGAUACUCUGAAACAAGUGUAUCUUGAAAUCAAAAGGAUUGUUGAAUCCACAAAUGACUCACUAACCAAGCUUCUUAAGGGUGAUUAUGGAGAGUUUCCUGAAAAUUCUGAAAUGGAGGCUGCUGCUAAAAUAGCAGCUCAUUUCAAGAGCUUCUAUGACCGUAUUCAGCUCAAACAAGUUCGUGAAAACCAACCAAAAUUUUUGGUGGAAGAAAUUCAAGCCAUGCAGACUGAGGAAAAGACUGAUUUCUUGAAAUUUUUCUUGCAAAAAAGGUUCACUGAAAUAUCAGAUCAUCUAAGGGAGUUACCUGGUCUAUUGUGGAGUUAUAUUUCAAAGCUGGUUUUUAAUGUAUUGGAGAAGCACUGUGCAACUUGCCCUCAAAUUCUGAGCCCUAAAGAAGCCGUGAGACAUUUGGUUGAAUCAAAGAAGGAUGCAGUGGCUGUUUUGCCACUGAAAUAUUUGGAGAUGGAAAGAUUGAUUUUCAACACCUUCAAUCCAAAAUAUGAGCUAUUGGUUUCCCAAUCAUCUACCAUGGAGAAGGAGCUGAUGGAGGAGCUCUCGAAAGGUGCCCAAACGAUGAUGCUUAAAAAUAUAAGCCUGGAGUUGGUCAACAUUGAUCAUUUGUCAAAUUAUAAUAGUGAUAUUGUUCAGAAAGCCUUCCAAGUUUACAUAAAAGUUGGUAUUUAUUGGGAUAUUGUUUCAUUGAGAUUGGUUGAAUUUAUGAUGAUCUAUAUGACAUCAACUAUCCAGGAGUUGGUUGAUAAGAUUGAAGGGGAUCUAUUUAUGCAUAUAUGCAAAGGUCUAAUGGGCCGAUAA